UGCUGGCCUUGGCGCCCCUGGUCCCUGUGCUCCGCGGUCUCCCUUUGCCGCCGCGUGGGAGCAUCAGGACUCGAAGGCACGCUCAGCCCUCGACCAUGGCGGCACACGGGAAGCUGCGGCGGGAGCGGGGGCCGCAGGCUGAGUAUGAGGCACAAGUCAAAGAGAUGCGCUCGCAGUUGAGUGAGCAGCUCCGUUGCCUGGAGCUUCAGGGAGAGCUGCGGCGAGAUUUGCUGCAGGAGCUAGCUGAGUUCAUGCGGCGCCGGGCAGAGGUGGAGCUGGAGUAUUCUCGGGGCCUGGACAAGUUGGCUGAACGCUUUGCCAGCCGCAGUGGUCGUCUGGGGGGCAGCAGCCGGGAGCAGCAAAGCUUCUGGAAGGAGCCGACUCUCCUGUCACCCUUGCACUGCUGGUCUAUGUUGCUGGAGCACACACGGCAGCAGAGUCGAGAAAGUGCCGUCCUCAGCGAGGUGCUGGCUGGGCCCCUGGCUCAGCGCCUGAGUCAUAUUGCUGAGGAUGUGGGACGCAUAGUCAAAAAGAGUAAGGACCUGGUGCAGCAGCUGCAAGAUGAGCUCCUGGAGGUGGUCUCAGAACUCCAGACAACCAAGAAGACAUAUCACGUGUACCACUUGGAGAGCAUGAAUGCUGAGACCAAACUCCGGGAAGCUGAGCGGCAGGAAGAGAAGCGGUCAGGCCGGAAUGCCCUGCCCACCAGCACUGCUGCCUCUGCCAGCACCACGACUACUGUUACCACCACUGAGACAGGGCCCCUCCGAAAGAGCUCUCUCAAGAAAGGAGGGCGGCUAGUGGAGAAGCGUCAGGCCAAGUUCUUGGAGCAUAAACUUAAGUGCACUAAGGCCCGAAACGAGUACCUGCUCAGCCUGGCCAGUGUCAAUGCCGCCGUCAGCAACUACUACUUGCAUGAUAUCUUGGACCUCAUGGAUUGCUGUGACACAGGUUUCCACUUGGCCCUGGGGCAGGCCCUCCGGAGCUACACAGCUGCAGAGAACCUCACCCACGUCUCCCAGAUACAGGGAUUGGGCAGCCUGGAAGAGGCUCUGGAGGCCCUAGAUCCUCCAGGGGACAAGGCCAAGGUGCUUGAGGUUCAUGCCAGGGCCUUCUGUCCCGAUCCACGCUUUGACUACCAGCCCCAUGAAGGUGAUGAGGUGGCUGAGAUCCAGGUUGAGAUGGAACUUCGGGAUGAGAUUUUGCCCAGAGCCCAAAACAUCCAGAGUCGCCUGGACCAAAAGACCAUCGAGACAGAAGAGGUGAAUAAGACACUGAAGGCAACACUUCAGGCUCUGCUAGAGGUGGUGGCAUCAGAGGAUGGGGACAUGCUGGACUCUUUACAGGCCAGCCCCUCCACUGAGUCCCUCAAGUCCACAAACUCAGACCCAGGCACCCGACAGACAGGCCGAAGACGGAGCCAGCAGCAGGAGACAGAGACCUUCUACAUUACGAAGCUGCAGGAGUAUCUGAGUGGCCGGAGCAUUCUUGCCAAGCUGCAGGCCAAGCAUGAAAAGCUGCAGGAGGCCAUACAACGAGGUAACAAGGAAGAGCGAAAAACAUCUUGGACCCAGUGCACAGAGAGAAAAUUCCACAAGAGCCACCAUACCCUUCCUAGCUCCCAGUGUAACCAGAGACUCUUUGGAGGUGACCUGGAGACGUUUAUCCGGAGCUCAGGCCAACCUGUGCCCCCUGUGGUGGAGAGCUGCAUCCGUUUCAUUAACCUCAAUGGCCUACAGCAUGAAGGCAUCUUCCGGGUAUCAGGUGCCCAGGCCCGGAUCUCUGAGAUCCGAGAUGCCUUUGAAAGAGGGGAGGAUCCUUUGGUGGAAGGUUGUACUGCUCAUGACCUAGACUCAGUGGCUGGGGUACUGAAGCUGUACUUCCGGAGCCUGGAGCCCCCACUCUUCCCCUUGGACAUGUUUAACGAGCUGCUGGCCUCAGCAGAACUGGAGGCUGUGGGUGAGCGGGUGGAGCCUGUGAGCCAUCUGCUGUCCAGACUGCCCAGACCCGUGCUAGUAGUCCUGCGAUAUCUUUUCACCUUCCUUAACCACCUGACCCAGUACAGCGAUGAGAACAUGAUGGACUCCUACAACCUUGCUGUAUGCUUCGGGCCCACACUGUUGCCUGUGCCUGCUGGGCAGGACCCUGUAGCCUUGCAGGGCCGGGUGAACCAGCUGGUGCAGACUCUUAUCCUUCAACCAGCUCGAGUUUUCCCACCCCUGACUAUGUUGCCAGGCCCCAUCUAUGAGAAGUGCAUGGCACCACCUUCUGCCAGCUGCCUGGGGGAUGGCCAGUUGGAGAACCUUGUUGGGGAGCUGGAGUUGGAAGCUGGGACCACAGCUCAGGAGGAUGACCAGGAAGGAAUUAUGGAGGCUGUGGCCUGCUUUGCCUACACUGGCCGGACAGCCCAGGAGCUGACAUUCCAGCGAGGUGAUGUGCUACGGCUGUAUGCUCGGGCAUCAAGUGACUGGUGGCGAGGAGAGCAUGCUGGUGUGCAGGGACUCAUUCCCCAUAAGUACAUCACACUGCCUGAGGGGGAUGAGAAGCAGACAGCUGGUCUGCAGGCCACGGCGGAAUCUGUGAGCCAUCCAGAGAGCUUCCUGACGUUGGAGUUUACCAAUCGGCUGGAACUAGGCACUCCACCUGAGGCUGUGAGCCCCUCUGGGCACAGACGACACUGUUUGGUCCCCACCUCCCCUGAGCAACAUGUGGAGAUGGAUAAGGCUGUGGCCCAGAACAUGGACUCUGUGUUUAAGGAGCUCUUGGGAAAAGCUGCUGUCCGCCAGGGACAUGGGCUAGCAUCUACAGCCACCCCCAGUCUAGGAACCCGAAAUCUGAAGCCCCUGGCCUGCAGCAGCUUCGGCAAAAACAAAGUUUUCUCCCGGGGACCAGGGGCUCCAGUUUCCCCCUCAGUCUCCCAUCCCCAGGGUCCAGACUCAACUCGCAAGCCACUCUGAGGCAGCUUACCUCCAGCAGUCACCAGACCACAUUCCCCCAGGCCUGUUGCCUCUCCACAGCCCUGCUCUAGGCCUCUUUGAGAAGUAACAAAGGAAGGAGGCUAGAGAUAAGCCCUUCUGUGCCUUUGCUGGGAAACCUUAGGCUGUGGCUGUGGAAGAUGGAAGUUGCAGCAAUUCAUAAAGACCCAUGCGCUGGUUGCUGUUGUAAUAA